AUGAGCCGUGCUGAGGUAGAUUUACAAAGUAGUGUUAAAAAGGCUUGCAAUAGUGAUGAAGUUCCUCCAAAAAGAAAACAUGUCAGGGCUUGUAUAGUUUAUACCUGGGAUCAUAAGAAUUCUAGAGCAUUUUGGAACGCCGUCAAAGUGCAACCACUUCAAAGUAAUGAGAUUCAAUUGUUCAAGGCAUUGAUAAUGAUUCAUAAAGUUUUACAAGAAGGUCACCCAAAUACACUCAAAGAUGCCUAUAGAAACAGAGACUUUAUUUCAUCAUUAGCGACUGUGUUUCCAACACAUGGACUGGCUUAUGGCAGACUAAUCAAUCAAUAUGAUAGAUAUUUAUUACAAAAAUUAGACUUUCAUCGCAAUAACCCUGGUUUUAAUGGUACUUUUGAAUAUGAAGAAUAUCUAUCUUUAAGAGCAGUUAAUGAUCCUAAUGAAGGCUACGAAUCGUUAUUACAGUUAAUGGACUUACAAGACCUGAUUAAUGACUUGCAAAAGCUCAUAUUUGCCACUGUUCACAGAAGUCAUAGCAAUUUGUGUAAGGUCAGUGCAUUAGUUCCUUUAAUUUCAGAAUCUUAUGGAAUUUACAAGUUUUGUAUUUCAAUGCUCAGGGCCAUGUAUCAACAAUUAGGGGCUGAUGACGCUUUACAAGGUUUAUUUGAUAGGUUUGAGUCGCAACAUUUUAUGUUAAGAGAUUUUUAUACUGAUUGUCAAUCCAUCAAAUUUUUAACAAGUUUAAUCACUAUUCCAAGGCUUCCAAAUAAUGCACCAGACUUACAGGUUACUGAUGAGGGUGAAAGAUUACCUCCAAGACCAAGAGAAUCAAAUGAAACUACCCCUCAACUAUCUUCACAACCAACAUCAAACAUUGAUACAUCAUCUGUGGCUCCAUCUAUUGAACAGAUUAACACACAACAAACUGGCUACCUUUUUCAACAACAAAGAGAGCAGGAAAGGAUACAAAAUAAACUUGAGCUUCAACGUCAACAGCAAUUGCAACAACAACAAGAACAGCAACUUAGGUUUGAACAACAACAAAAAGAUCAAGAAAGAAAAUUCCUUGAAGAGCAACAAGCACUUCAAAUGCAACAAACUCAACAUCAACAAGGUAGAGUUGCAGAGCUCGAGCACGACUUACUUUUAUUCAAGAACCAGUACGACAAUGAUCAAAAUUUAUUACAACAAUAUGAUUCAAGAGUCAAAUCUUUGGAAAACGAAAUGGCAGCAUUCAACAACACUGCGUUACAACAAAUUUCUUCAAAAGAUGAUCAAAUUAAAAAUUUGGAAGAGCAAAUCGCAAAUUGGACAAAAAAAUACGAAUCACUUGCAAAAUUGUAUUCACAAUUACGCCAGGAACAUUUGAAUUUAUUAGCUAAAUUUAAAAAGAUUCAACAAAAGAUAAGUAGUGCUCAAGAGUCAAUAAUGAAGAAAGAAAAACUUGAGAAGGAUUUGAAAGCCAAGAAUGUUGAAUUAGCUGACUUGAUUAGGGAAAGAGAUAGAGCCAGACUUGAUUUAGACCGUGUGAAAGCUGGAAAAGAUCAAGAAAUAGAAAAAUUAGAAAUGGAAGUGAGAGAGUUGAAUUUAUCGGCCAAAGAAUCAGGAAAACUUCAAAAUUUAAAUUUAAGCUCAAUUAUGUCCAAGCAUGAAAAAGAAUUGAAUAAUUUAAAAAAUCAAUUGGAUGAAAGAAAUGCUAAAGCAAAUGCCUUAGGUGAUGCAGAAUCAUUAAAGUUGAAGUUGAAAGAUAAAGAAACCGAAUUAGAAAUUGCAAACCAAUCACUUGACGCAGCUUAUGAUGAAUUAAGUCGAUUCAAACAAGAUCAAGAUGAGAUUGUAAAUGCUGAGAUAGAUCAUAUUAUCAUGACUCAUCUAGCUAAAUUCAAAAACUUGAUAGAUUUGUUUUUAGAUAACAACAUUCUCCGUAUUAAUGACUUUAAACAUGAAUUCACAUUGACAAGCCAACUGGUUGUUUCCAAUUCCUCCCCAGAGUAUUUAUUGUCAGUUAUAGAACUUUGCUCAGACACUGCAACUGAUUUUGCGUCAACGUUCAAUGGAUAUAUAGCGGAGGAUAAUAAUCAAGAAGAAGCCACUUUUUCAGAAAUUAUAUUAAAUUGUUCUUCUUUAACAUCAUAUAUUAAUGACUUGGCUAUUAGUGCUAAAAGUAUUGCUCAAAGUUCAUCAAAAGUUCAAGAAGAUUUAAUCAUAAAAUUAGUAGCUGAUGUUUUUAAGAACGUAGAAAGUUACUAUGAAGGAUUGAAAUCUGAAAACUUGAAUAAAAUGGGAGACACGGAUGAUAAAAUCGAUCUGAUUAUUGACUUAAAUCUUGAAUUGCAAGGGUCCUUAAAGGACUUAUCAACAGAAAUUGACUCAAUAAAAGGUUCAAAUGGUAUUAAAUUUAGUGGAGAUUUGGGAAGUUUUGUUGAUAAUGAAAUGCAACAAACUGUGGAUGCUGUUACUUCAGCCUCUAAAUUUUUGAGUGACUUGUUAAAAAAUCCAAAUAUAUAUGGAGGCAAUAUUGAAAUACAUGAAACUCUUUUAUCAUGUGCAAAAUUAAUCACGGAUGCUGUUGGUCGUUUGAUCCAUGCUUCCGUCGAAUCUCAACGUGAAAUUGUUGAAAAAGGAAAAGGUUCACAAUCCAAAACAGAUUUUUAUAAGAAAAACAGUCGUUGGACUGAAGGUCUUAUUAGUGCCUCAAAAGCUGUUGCUGGAUCCACCAAUAUACUUAUUCAAACUUCCGAUGGUGUAUUAAAAGGUAAAAAUUCACACGAAGAAUUAAUAGUAGCAUCAAAUGAAGUUGCUGCAUCUACUGCUCAAUUAGUUGCUGCAUCAAGAGUGAAAGCGAAUUUCAUGUCAAAAUCUCAAGAUAACCUAGAAACCGCAUCAUCAGAAGUUACAAGAGCUUGUAAGAGUUUGGUUAAUAAAGUGCAAAGCUUGUUGAGUAAGGAUGAACAAUACAAUAAUGAUAUUGAUUUGAGUAAGUUGACACCCUAUGAAGGUAAAACACUCGAAAUGGAGCAACAAGUGGAAAUUUUGAAACUUGAAAAUAAAUUAAAUGUCGCUAGAAAAAGGUUGGGUGAGAUUAGAAAACAUGGAUAUAUGGACGAUCAUAGUGAUGCAGAAUGA